AAUAUGUUUCAUUGAAACUCAUAUCGAAAGUCAAGAAUUAGUGAUUGAAUGACAAAAUUGAAUCAAAACUAGASUUGAGUUGAGAUCUGAGUGUCGACUCAUUUAUCAAUCAUUUGAAUUACACUUUGAUUUUAAGUGUAAUUUAAUUAUCGACUAAUUGUUUGUCGACUCAAUUGUGGCGCAAAUUGCGACCAAAAAACGCGUGUUUUCUAAACAAACGUGCGAUCCGUUGAUUAGUUUGUUGUCACCAAAGAUGUUGUGCAGAAAAUUGGUUUCAAUUUCUUUGAUUAAUAAAUUAAUACAUAAAAAUCAAAGACAUUUUACAACGAGUAGUGCUUUGAAAGCACAGCUAACAGUGAGGGAUGCGCUUAACUCAGCCAUGGAUGACGAGAUGGAAAGGGAUGACACAGUGUUUCUGUUGGGCGAAGAAGUGGCUCAAUAUGACGGCGCAUAUAAAGUGAGUCGUGGAUUGUGGAAGAAGUACGGAGACAAACGUGUGGUCGACACUCCCAUCACUGAAAUGGGUUUCGCCGGCAUUGCUGUCGGAGCUGCUAUGGCCGGUUUGCGACCGAUCUGUGAAUUUAUGACAUUUAACUUUGCGAUGCAAGCCAUCGACCAAAUCAUCAAUUCUGCGGGAAAAACAUUUUAUAUGUCGGCCGGAACGGUUGCCAUUCCUAUUGUAUUUCGUGGUCCUAACGGUGCUGCAUCAGGUGUGGGCGCUCAGCACUCUCAAUGUUAUGGCGCGUGGUAUAGUCACUGUCCCGGAUUAAAGGUAAUCUCUCCAUAUUCAGCUGAAGAUUGUAGAGGACUGUUAAAGAGUGCCAUUAGAGAUCCCGAUCCCGUUGUGUUUCUUGAAAAUGAGUUACUCUAUGGACAACCAUUUGAAGUCUCGGAUGAAGUGAAAUCUAAAGAUUUUCUUAUUCCUAUUGGAAAAGCAAAGAUUGAAAGAUCUGGAGAUAGGAUUACAUUAGUUUCCCAUUCAAAAGGUGUGGGCAUAUGUCUCGAAGCGGCUCAAGAGUUGGCCGCAAUUGGUGUUGAGGCCGAAGUUAUUAAUUUACGAACAUUAAGACCAUUAGACGAAGAGACUAUUAUCAAUUCUAUUGUAAAAACAAAUCAUUUAGUGACUGUUGAGGGCGGUUGGCCUCAAUGUGGUAUCGGAGCUGAGAUCUGUGCACGAAUUAUUGAAAGUCCAGCCUUUGAUUAUUUAGAUGCUCCAGUAGUUCGUGUAACCGGUGCUGAUGUUCCCAUGCCAUACACUAAAUCAUUGGAACAGUUGGCUCUUCCACAGAGUCAUGAUAUAGUUUUAGCCGUUAAAAAAGUUUUGAAUAUUUAAUAUAAUGAUAUCACUAGUCAUUUUAAUAAUUAUAGGUCAUAAUUAAAUUAAUUGAUUAAAAUAUUAAUUAC